GUCGGCUUUGGGAGCACCUAUCCCAAGCUACUCGGCCUGUGAAUUUGCCUGCUGUCAAUUUGGUCUUUCACCGCAAAAUGACAGAUAAAGGACUUACGGAUGAGGCUGUGUCCGCAGCCUGCAAAGAAGGGGACCCUAUCACCCAGAGUUGCAAGCUGAGAACAUAGCUGAGAAGUACGGGGGUCAAGACAUAUUUUGCAAGCAACAACUCGCCCGACACUACCCCUUCUUCUCUCUGUCUCCCUCUGUCCCUCCCCAGGAUUACAUGUUGCAGCAAACUAUGCUGAGGGUGAAAGACCCGCUCAAGUCUUUAGACUUCUACACCCGCAUCAUGGGCAUGACGUUGCUGCAGAAAAUAGACUUCCCAUCAAUGUGUUUCACACUCUACUUCCUGGGUUAUGAGGAAGAGAAGGAAAUCCCUGCAGACAUAAAGGACAGGACAGCAUGGACUUUCUCCCGACGAGCCACCAUUGAACUCACACACAACUGGGGCUCUGAAUCAGAUGAAAAUCUAUCUUAUCACAACGGAAACUCUGAACCAAAAGGUUUUGGGCACAUCGGAAUUGCUGUACCUGAUGUUUAUGCAGCCUGCAAAGUAUUUGAAGAAAAAGGAGUAACAUUUGUCAAGAAGCCAGAUGAUGGUAAAAUGAAGGGACUGGCCUUUAUACAGGAUCCUGAUGGAUACUGGAUUGAGAUUUUGAGUCCAAACAACAUGUUCACCAUAAUGUCAUACAAGCGUCAAACUGAGAUAGUACAAACUGACUUGGUCAGAAAAAAGGAUGUGAUGAAAAAGUAAGAGAGAAAUUGGAGGAACCAAAGGGUGUUAUGUGAGGAAAUUAAGAGGUGAAGAUUGAGUAUUUGCUUACGAUUGGGAUCACAUACAGAUUCCCGCUGAAGGCCUACGCGGGGGAAUUAAAGUAUAUUUGAAUAUAUUACAAAUAUACUGACGUAUACUUAAAUAUACUACAAGUUCAUAUAAUAUACUGCAAAUACGAGAUGUACUUUUCUAGUAUAUCUUAGGUUUACUAUACAUAUUAUAUCAUUACACUUCAAUACACUUAUUACAUGUGUACUUAAAAUUCAUUGUUUUUCAGUCUUUAAACUAUAUGUUACCUAUCAUUACACUUAACACACUUAUUAAAAUUGUAUUUUUAAUGAA